AUGGGCCUGAGGGACCAUCUGGAGGAUGGGACAGGCCGCAUCCUCAGCCUGGGGCUGGCUUUGGACUACCUCCAUGUCGAAGGUACCGAGCGCCAGGCUUGUCUGAACAUCUCUGCUGACUCUGUGCAUGUACCAGCCUCUCAGGCAGCAGAGGUGGCUGUGAGAGGCGAUGCCCCGGCUGACAGCAGCCAGAGUGGCAGCAACAGUAGUAGUAUCUGUUGUACUGCCAGUAGCACCAGUUCAAGCAGAGGCAGCAGUAGUUGCAGUAACUGCUCAGAGGAGAGUGCCAUCUCUGACAGUGAAGAUGAACAGGUCCAGGAUGGCUCUGGUUCUGAAAGCCAUAAUCUUGACCCCCAUCCCCCAAAUUCUUCCUUUCAUGUUACUCAACCAGUGGGACAGGGCCUGGAACACACCCACUCCCCUGGAGACCCUGACCUGGUGGGGAAAACAACCCCAGCAGAUCCCCUUACAGAAUACCACUCCAAGAUGGAGUUUGCCCUGAAGCUGGGUUACUCUGAGGAGCUGGUCCUGCUGGUGCUGAGGAAACUAGGUUCGGAUGCACUCAUCAACGAUAUUUUGGGAGAACUGGUCAAACUGGGCACCAAGACAGAGAUGGAGCAGCGAGGCGUAGGAGGAGGUGAAGGGGGAGAAGGAGGCUCAGCCGUUUCCCAGUCCUCCUCUUCCUUCUCUCUCUCUUCUUCGGCCUGGUCUUCUUCUACCUCCUCCCUGGACUCCUGCCGGCUGCUGUGUAAAUCUCAGCUCCAGGAUGACAAGGAGAAUCUCCGGCCAGUUGUUGUGGAUGGCAGCAACGUGGCCAUGAGUCAUGGAAACAAGGAAGUGUUCUCCUGUCAAGGCAUUAAGCUGGCUGUUGAUUGGUUCUUGGAGCGAGGUCACCGUGACAUCACAGUGUUUGUUCCUGCCUGGCGGAAGGAGCAGUCCCGUCCUGAUGCACUCAUAACAGAUCAGGAGAUACUGCGUCGACUCGAAAAAGAGAAGAUUCUGGUCUUUACACCAUCCCGCCGUGUGCAGGGCCGCCGUGUGGUUUGCUAUGAUGACCGCUUCAUAGUCAAACUGGCCUAUGAGUCGGAUGGCAUCAUCGUCUCCAAUGACAACUACCGUGACCUGGCAAAUGAGAAGCCAGAGUGGAAGAAGUUCAUAGAUGAGCGCUUGCUGAUGUACUCGUUUGUUAAUGACAAGUUUAUGCCGCCUGAUGAUCCACUGGGUCGCCACGGGCCCAGUCUGGAGAACUUCUUGAGGAAGAGGCCCAUCAUCCCUGAACACAAGAAGCAGCCUUGUCCUUAUGGAAAAAAGUGCACAUAUGGACACAAGUGCAAGUUUUACCACCCUGAGAGGGGCACCCAGCCCCAGCGUGCAGUGGCUGAUGAGCUGCGAGCCAGUGCAAAAAGUUCCUCGGCCUCCAAAAGCCUGCUGGGAGACACCCUGAUGGGGAAGAGCCACAGUCUGUCCACCAGCCAAGUGGAGGGGACUACUGAGAUAGAAUUUUGUCAAGGCCCUACAAAGGGACAGUUGGACUCUGGCCCUCAUAACUUCUCCCUCAGUGAUCUCUUUGAGGACAGACUGGGAGUAAGGACCAAAGUGGAGGCCCGCAGGGGAAGCAGCAGCAGCAGCAGUAGCUGUAGCAGUAACAGCAUCCUGGGACAGUCUGCUUCAAGGGGGACUCUCUCAUCAGCAAAGCAAGAACGAAGUGCUCACCCUGGGGGUGGAGGUGGAGGGGGAUCCAGGGCUGCUGGACCCUCAGGACAUAGCCAAACUGACACUUACUCCACAUGCAAACCAGCUGAGCAGGGCUACAGCUCAUUAAUUAAGGUGUACUCUAGCCGCAGUCAGGUGGUGCCACAGAGUCCUGAUCAGUUCUUUCCAGCUGAUCUGCGAGCUGGAUCUCUUCCGUCGGACUGCAGCAGCGAGGGCAGUGUCAGCUCAGACUCAUUCUCCCCCGACCCACUGUUAGAAGAUCACCCCUCCUGCCACCAUCACCAUCACCACUGCCCCAGCUGGUACCCAUAUCCUGCCAGUCUUGGCCAGUACCCACCUCAUGGCUACCCCAAGCACCAACCACUGCAUAGACUACCUGCUUUUGGCUCGGAAGAACCUCCGUCUUCUCACCCCUUGCAUCCUUUCAAGGCCCCUAUAGCCUUCCUGCAACCCCCCCUUCAGCAACCAUCUCUGGAUAGCCGUUUGGGGUGCCCUGGGGAAUACCCAGCACCUCCAGCAUCUUCACCCUUGAGUUCUGCUCCUCACUUGCAGUCUCAAAGCUCACCUCUGUGCCACAAUCUCCUCUUCUCCCCCUGGCGGGAAAGUGGGUUCCAAGACUCCCGCUUUUAUGAGGAGUCACCCCUCCAUUCCAUGAGGGGCUACCGAGAACUGAACCAGCAUCUGUCAAACUGGGGCCCUCACUACCAGCAGCCACCUAAGCCUUUCUAUGAUCCUUUGACCUUCCAGAGCCUUCCGGAGAGUCGCGAGAAGGCCUUACCCUCAGUAUGGGGAAGACAUACUCAUCCAUCACCUCGUGGCCUUUCCACAUCUCAUCUAUCCCAACUUCUACCACCUUCUCAAACCCCAGGGUUCCCCACCCCCCACAACAGCCACCCACCCUCAGCUCUUCAACACCAAGAGCCCCCAGGUUUGGGUUGGUACCAAGAUCUGAGGGAAAAGGUGUUUGUCAACCUGUGUAACAUUUUCCCCCCAGAUUUAGUCAGGGUGGUAAUGACCAGGAACCCCCAUGUGACAGAUGCUCAGCAGCUUGCAGCAGCUAUUUUGAUGGAGAAAUCCCAUUGUGCUCGCUGA